UUCAGUUUUGCCUGAGAAGCAUGUAUCAAAAGCUCUGCACAACUGGGCCCCACCCUGAAACAUGAAGAUGAGCCAACGGCUUGACUCUGGGAGACUCCAUCGCAUGUAAUCCCUUCCCUGAGAAGUCUCUCGCUUGCUCUCUCUGCCCCCUACUUCCAGCUUAAAUUCGUUGGAAUGUCUCACAUCCUGCAACUCUCCUUCCCUAUAUUUGCUUAUGAAUUCUCAAGAAAGUCCACCAGAGCGAGUGUUCGCCUUCUUCAAAUCCCAUUCUCGUCCACGCAAUCUGGUUCCCAGGAAGCAGAAGGAGACGAGGGGCCUGACAAUGGGAAUGGCCGGGGCCAAGAGCAUGUGAUUUUGGUGGAGAGAUAUAGCAACGGCGCUACAAAGAGGUACUUUUUAGAAGAUGACUUGCAAUUAGGUACUUUCCUCGAGGAAAAGGAAUCUAUAAAUAAUGGGUUCCAGGGCUUGCGUUUCUGUGACUCAGAAUUGUCCUGGCUUCCUGAUAUCGUCAAAAAUUUUCUUUUACCUGCGGGCUUCCCAGGAUCUGUUUCAGAUGAUUACUUGGAAUACAUGCUGCUACAGUUCCCCACCAAUGUUACUGCCUGGAUCUGUCACACAUUGGUGACAUCAAGUCUCCUAAAGGCUGUUGGUGUUGGCUCUUUCUCAGGAUCUACUGCCGCUGCUUCAGCUGCUGCGAUUAGAUGGGUGUUAAAGGAUGGCAUUGGAGCUGUUGGGCGCUUAUUGAUUGGUGGGCGGUUUGGAAGCCUUUUUGAUGAUGAUCCAAAACAAUGGCGCAUGUAUGCAGACUUCAUUGGCAGUGCAGGAAGCAUAUUUGAUCUCAGUACACAAUUGUUUCCUACCUAUUUUCUGCCGCUGGCAUCUGUUGGAAAUUUCGCCCAGGCCGUAGCAAGAGGACUGAAAGAUCCAUCCUUCCGUGUGAUUCAAAGCCAUUUUGCAAUUUCAGGAAAUCUGGGAGAAGUGGCAGCAAAGGAAGAAGUUUGGGAAGUAGCUGCUCAGCUGCUUGGCCUUGCUUUGGGUAUACUGGUUUUGGCUACUCCUGGCCUUGUAACGUCAUACCCAGUGUUGGCAUUAACGUGGAUAAGCAUACGGCUUUUGCACCUUUGGUUACGUUAUCAAUCUCUUUCAGUCUUACAAUUUAACACAAUAAAUCUCAAGCGUGCUCGCAUACUAGUAAAAUCACAUGUAGUAUACUCCACUGUUCCUGGAUGUGUUGAUUGCAAUAGGAUAGAAGAUAUUUUGUCAUGGGAAAAUUUCAUGAAGCCACGAAUUGUGUUGGGCGUGUCUUUGGAGGAGAUGGUUUUCAGUGACAAAUCGCUUACUGCGGUGAAGACACUUCUCAGAUUAUAUGCAGAGGAGAAAUAUAUUCUCAUGGUGAAUCAACAGAAAAGAGAAUUUGAAGUCUUUGUUUCUUUCAAGGCAGGAGCUACAAGUCUAUCGGUCUUGCGAAGUGUAUGGCAAACCUAUUGGCUACAUGAGAAUUGGGGUGGGCUAGAUAAUAUCUUCAAUCAACUUGAGCAAAGCCUACUGGCAUUGGAAGAUAGGUUUCGGAAUUUUCUUCAACAGUUGGAGGGAGUUGGAUGGGAUACCAAUCAAAUUAAUCUGAGGGUGCCCAAGGAAAUUUCCAUUGAGGAACAAAGUCACCUCUAAUAUUCUGUUUUCUGCACAAGGUGAAAUGUUUUGCUUGCGGUUUUGAUCCUGAACAUUCCUUGUGCUCCAGAAACUAUGUCUAUCGAGCCAAGAAACUGGCAUUGCCUGGACUGGUGGACAGUGCAGCACACUUGAAGGCUCCAGACCAUUGUUUGAGAGAGGGGUCAUUUUCCAUGUGCCAUUUUUAUUUGAAAAUGAAUCAAAGCUUGGCGGGCGCCUCGACUGUUGAGAACAUUUUUUAGAGUGAAAUGUCGUCGUCUUGGGUUGGAAUAAGGAGGGAUUCCGGCAAGGAUUGGCUUAACCUCAUUCUAUAAACCAAGCCCAAUGGACGUUGCAGUGAACUGGAAGAUAUCUAUUUAGAUACUUCUCUCAUGCUGAUAGGGUUGGAGACCAGUGACCCUUUGUUUCUGGACACACACACGUUUAUUAAUAAAAUAAAUGCUUUUAUUUUAAAA